AUGUCGACCGAUGGAGAGUUCACCAGAGUCCAAAUAUUUGGCACGGUGUUUGAAAUUACAAACAGAUACACAGACCUAAACCCGGUGGGUAUGGGUGCCUUCGGCCUCGUGUGCUCGGCGGUAGACAAGUUGACCGGCCAGAACGUGGCGGUCAAAAAGAUCAUGAAACCGUUUCUGACAUCAGUUUUAGCCAAAAGAACAUAUAGAGAGUUAAAGUUGUUGAAGCACUUGACACACGAGAACUUGAUCACCUUGGAUGACAUAUUCUUGUCGCCCUUGGAAGAUAUCUACUUUGUGUCGGAAUUGCAAGGUACCGAUUUGCACCGAUUAUUAAGUUCUCGUCCCUUGGAAAAGCAGUUCAUCCAGUACUUUACUUAUCAGAUAUUGAGAGGAUUGAAGUACGUGCACUCGGCCGGUGUCAUCCACCGAGACUUAAAGCCUUCCAAUAUCUUGAUCAACGAAAACUGUGACUUGAAAAUCUGUGAUUUUGGAUUGGCCCGAAUCCAGGACCUCCAAAUGACCGGGUAUGUAUCCACCAGAUACUACAGAGCCCCAGAAAUCAUGUUGACCUGGCAGAAAUAUGACACCGAGGUGGACUUGUGGUCGGUUGGAUGCAUAUUAUCGGAAAUGAUCGAAGGCAAACCGUUGUUCCCAGGUAAAGACCAUGUGCACCAAUUUUCCAUCAUAACCGAAUUAUUGGGUUCACCUCCACCAGAUGUCAUUGACACCAUUUGCUCGGAGAAUACCUUGAGGUUCGUACAAUCCUUACCGCACAGAGAGCCCAUCUCGUUUAGUGAAAGAUUUGCUCAUUGCAACCAUGUUGAGCCUGAGGCCAUAGAUUUGUUGGCAAGAAUGUUAAUCUUCGAUCCCAAGAAGAGGAUAAGUGCCGCAGACGCCUUGUCCCAUUCCUAUAUGGAACCAUACCAUGAUCCAACCGAUGAACCGGUAUGUCAGUCCAAGUUUGACUGGAGUUUCAACGAUGCUGAUUUGCCUGUUGAUACUUGGAGAGUGAUGAUGUACAGCGAGAUUUUAGAUUUCCACCAAAUCGUCGGCGAUAACGGUCAGGCACCACAGCCCGAUGAGCUUGCGCAGCUCCAGCAUGAGGGGAUCCAGGCCCCUUCAAACGGACAAUCUCAAAGCCAUGAACAGAGAGUAGAGUAA